AGUCAAGAACACUCAAAAAAAAAUAAAAAAUCAUUUGUGUUCUUAUUUUGCUCUAGCUAGAUAAUUUGAAAGCAAAAAGACAUGGACGAUUUUCUAAUCAAGAAACGCAAUAGUGUUAAGAUACGAAGUUUUUCGCUGAACCUUCGAUCGGACAAUCAAGAAGUCGUAGGAGCAGGCAGAACAUCGCAAGGAGGAAAUAUCAGCUUCGACAGCUUUAAAGUCAUGAAUCAUCAACAAAAGCAACGAAGAAAAAGUUGGAUUGGCAAGAUAAAUAACGUCUUAAUGGGGCUAAUGAACAACCAGCCAUCAACUCCAGGUAGCUCUAGACUUGGUGGAUCAAAUAAGGGGUUCGACUAUCAUGUCAAGGCAGAAAGUAGUUCAACAUGGAACAAAGUGAAGAAAUCUUUGAAAGAACGUGGACAAAGAGAAGGAUGGAAGGGAGGAAGUCUAGCAAGAAUGAUCGUCGAGCAAGGUAGUAUUAAGGUUCAGAUUCCAGAAGUAGAGAUCCGUCUUAAACCCAUGGAAGAACGAAAGGUGAGGUCAAGCGCAAUAGUCAGCAAAGUUCCUUGUAACAUGCGUCAGGUUCAUGGUAAUGCUGCUUUCGAUCCGAAACUUGUGUCCAUCGGUCCGUUCCAUCGGGAUAAAUCUCAUCUCAAACCAAUGGAAGAACAUAAAAUGAGACUGAUAUGUAAUUUGUUGGGAUGGAUUUAUGAACCAUCAAACACCAUUUUUCAAGAUAUUUUGAUUGAGGAUCUUGCUUGUCCGAUCAAAGAAAUGGAAGCUAAAGCUAGGAAAUGUUAUUCCGGGAGUACUUAUGAGAACAUAAGUAGUAGCGAGUUUGUUCGUAUGCUUAUAAUUGAUGGCUGCUUCAUCCUUGAGCUUUUCCAGCUCUAUGCUAAGCAACGUAACAAGGAAUAUGUUGGUGAUCCCAUUUUUACGACCCCUUGGAUGGUUCCAGAUCUUCAACGCGACUUGCUUUUGCUAGAAAACCAGCUUCCAUAUUUUGUCCUAGAAAAGCUAUUCGAGCUAACUAGGAUAAGCGACGAUCAUCAAGGUCCUACUCUCGCAGAAUUGACUCUCGGGUUCUUCGAUCCUUUAUUUCCCAGAGAAAAAUCAGUUUUAGACAAUUGCAAAUUCCAUGCUAAGCCACAUCAUUUGCUUGACUUGUUCCGUUCGAGUUUUGUCUUAUCUUUCAAAGACAAGAGAUUAUCUUCUGGUAACAACAGUAUGAGAAACACAAUGCAACCGGUCAGAGAUCAGAAACAGUACUUUACACAAUGUGCGACAGAGUUGAGCAAGGCAGGAACUAAGUUUACGAGAAAAUCUUCAGAAAGUCAUGAAUUGUUGGAUAUACAGUUCAAUGACGGAGCCCUGGAAAUCCCUCCGGUGCAUAUUGAUGGACAGACAGGUCAGGUUUUGCUAAAUUUCAUUUCCUAUGAACAAUCUGACCGGCACAAUGCGGACCCGUAUUUUACACAUUAUGUGUUGUUCUUGAGACAUUUGAUAAAUUCAUCAAAUGAUGUCGAGUUACUACACAAGUAUGGCAUCAUUAAUCAUGUCUUGGAGCGCGACGCAAAUUUGGUUGAUCUUUUUCAGCAGCUUAGCAACGAGCUUCUUCCUGACAUCAAGAAUUGCUACUUGUCUACCCAAUUAAAGGAAAUUAACAGGUGUUAUCGCAGAAAUUGGCUAAUGUGCAAAACGAAGUGGAUCACUAAAAAUUUCAGUAACCAUUGGGUAUUUUUUACUUCUCUUGCGCUCAUUGUUCUCGUCUACCUAAUAGGCACCAAGACAUAUUCUUCCGCUCCUUUUUGAUUGAUAAAUUUUUAAUCUUAUGUAGUCCAUAACUCUAAUGAUUUAUUAUUUUGUAUUUUGUUCAUUUCAUUUUAUUCCAUUUGCAAGUUUCUUUCUUGUUGUUUUGCUAGCCGUUGGAGAACAAUUCCACACUGCGCAAUGCCCAGUUUAAUAUGUUGUUGUGAGGUGCCAUUUGUUUAAGUGUACUGUAAUAAUCUAUGGCACGUCACAACAUGCUGAAAUUCUUGUGUAAACUUUGGUGUCUUUAUUGCUAAUUCACAAUGUACUAGUGCGUAAUAUUAUGCAAGAAGUUGGCUGUUGAGUCUUUAUUCA